CCCAAGCCUCCCUUUCUCCCAACAGCUUUCCUCUUGUCGAUCAUUGACUUUUCACACACAUGUACACACAGACAUGAACUUCUAGCCUAUACUCCUGCACGCCCUAUCUCUUUGGUCCGUCGUCAUUGUCCUCUCACGCCAUCUGCCCGGAUGUGUCCAUCAUGUGAGACCAACCAACAGCAGGACUGAGUGCUUCUCUCACCUUGCAAGCCUUGGUAAUCCGUCUAGCAAACCUGGCCGGUCUCAAGAGCAGGAUAGGGGCAUCCUCGUGCAGCUAGCUACUGUGGCCUGGGCCUUGAAUCAACCGGGACAAAAGACAAAAGGCCCCCCUCGCAUUCCCCGCGCGACAUGGCUCCUAUCCCACUUCGGCAUGCACGUCCACCUCAACCGCCGUCUCCCGGCCCGGCUCCAGCGCGGGAUAGGCCCUCCUCUCGGUUAUGCACGACAGAAUAGCAGCCCACUCUAGGGCAAGGGUGGGACAGCCAUGCCAUGUCAAGGCCCGACCAGUGGCUGCUCCGUACACACUCCGUACAGAUGCCCAGGUGCUGAUACUACGUGGCGCCACACGCCAAACUACCCGUUGCGACUGCAGAAUCUCCCUGCCAGAUGCGCCGAUGCAGGUGCUUGUCGUCGCCGGCGCCUGUCUUCUGCCCCAUGCUCGGUCCUUAUUCGUCUGGCCCCGUGGCUCCCCUCGCAUGUGCGCAUGCACAUAUAUGCAGUCCUUGGUACAGCUGAAUCUGCUUCUGGCUACCUGGCUUGAGUCUCUGCCAUCCUCCUGGUUCCCCCCUGCUUUUAUUGUGGGCACCUCAUCGCAGCUGCCACCUUGACUGGUCUCCACUUGCAGCGUGUUCUCUGCGAGGUCUGCCACUCCCCGUUGGCAAGUGUUGAUGGGGGACAUGGCACAACUUGAGGAGUCCCGGCGCCUUGGUUCCCAUACGGUCUUGUACGACAACCCGAGCUCGGUCACCUGAUGCUAGAGCUAUAUGGCCAGUGCCAUUGUGAAUCAGACACAGAUAUCAGAGAGCACCAAGGCAUAUGCUUCCUGCAGGGCUGUUAUGAGCACAACAACAUGGUUAGCCUGGCUGUGGGGGCGGCGUUGCAAUCUACACCACCCAGUGGUCCACCACACCAUCAGUCUGCCACUUGGCUGCUGAGUCGUGGAGGGGUUACAUUCACUCAACCUUGCCUGGCCGGGGGCGCCAGAUGCUGCGGCCCGACAGGCAACUGUGCGGGCCCCCGAACUGUUGCGAGCAGGCUGGCAGGAUGCCCACAACCAAGUGUUUCGUGGAUCGUUGGGCGUGGGCUGCCGUUGGCGCGGGUAUGGUGAUUCUGUGUGCGGGCAGUCGCCUUGGUGUCCUACAAGCACUACAUAUUACCCUUAUAUCGCAUCACAAUCUAUGGUCCAGCUCCACGCACCCAGCCGCCCACUCUCCUGACUGGCCUUGCGUGGUCACCUACUCAUCUACAUCCUCGCUAAAGAUCCUUGCUCGAUUUUCGUGAAUGAGAUGUGUCGUUCUGCCCUGCCCGACCACACAUCUCUAUACAAUUUGAGUUGCACUCAUUGACCGGAAUUUGCCGCAAGAAGGCGCAUUGCAGACGUCGCAUGGACUGCCGAUAGUCACGUAUAUCUAUAUGCACAGCUGCUCAGGGUGGUGGUGCCUGUGGUAAUGAUAUAUGGUUCUCUCGAUCGAAAGCUAGUCUUGUCUCUGGUCCCAAGUCUCAAUACCCCUCCUUCACUGAUCUACUGGUUCUAUCGCCUCCCACUCAUGUUUUUCACCUGACUCUGACCAUUCGCACAGCACUCACUUGGUCACCGCAAGCCUCCAGCACAAGUCUCUUGUAAAUACGACCGCAAAUAGUCGGGUCAAUCGUCGCAAACAAACACCACUGUUAACAGACCUGACGAUAUGCUUCGAAGCACCAGUAUCCAACCGUGCUCUCACAACGCCACUGCAGAGAGCUCGAUAGGCAACGGGACAACCUCGACCCCCCCAAAAAGCCCAACGUCCAGCACUGGCUUACCCGUCGUAGUGAGAAGCCAGGGCCAUUAUCUCCAGCUUCGUGAUGGACGCCGGAUUCUUGACGCAUGCGGUGGAGCAGGCGUUACGUGUAUAGGGCAUGGGAAUCUGGAAGUUCUCUCAGCAAUGACCGCAGAAGCCAGCAAUCUUACUUACGUUCCAUGGGCUUUCUUCGACAACCAGAGCACCGUCGACCUUCAAGACUGGCUAAUCAAAAGCACCGGGCGCCAGAUGAGGAAGGUCUGGCUCCAAUCUUCUGGCUCCGAGGCCGUAGAGGCAGCCUUGAAACUAGCACACGAGUACUUCGUUUGGAAAGGUGAGCCAGGGCGGGUCUCAUUCAUCGCACGCGAGGAGUCAUACCAUGGAAUCACGAUCGGCUCCCUGUCUGCCUCAGGCCACCGGGCAAGACGGGCCAACUUCGAAGGCAUUCUCCUCCCAAAUAUCCACCGCAUCCCGGCCUGCAAUGCCUACCGGCAACAGCGUGAUGGUGAGUCCGACGCGGCCUUCGUCACCCGGAAGGCCGCCGAGCUAGCGGAGGUCUUCCACGCCGCUCCCCCCAACAGCAUCGCGGCCUUCAUCGCCGAGCCGGUCGUGGGCGCGGCCCUCGGCUGUAUGACGGCGCCGCCGGGGUACUUCAAAGCCAUGAAGGCUGUGUGCGAGCAGCACGGAGCACUCUUCAUCCUCGAUGAGGUCAUGUGCGGUAUGGGCAGAACGGGUACCCGACACGCGUGGGAGCAAGAGGGCGUCGUGCCAGACAUACAGUGCGUUGGGAAGGGCCUGGCUGGGGGGUACCAGGCCUGCUCGGCAGUACUGGCGGGCGAACGUGUCGUCGGCGCCAUGGCCGCCGCCGGCGCUGCCUUUACCCACGGGCAUACAUUUGGGAACCACGCUGUCGUGUCUGCAGCCGCGCUCGCGGUACAGGGCAUCGUCGAGCGGGAGGGCCUCGUGGCCAACGCCCGCGAGCAAGGCUGCUAUCUCGGGGCGGCGCUGAGACGUCGGCUUGGCAACCACCCGCACGUGGGUGAUGUGCGCGGCAGGGGCCUCUUCUGGGGCGUCGAGUUUGUGCGGGACAGAGAAAGCAGGGAGCCUUUUGAGCCCGGACUGAUGGUCGCAAGGCUGGUACACGAGAAGGCUAUGGCGGGAGUAAAUGGUAGUGGGCAUAUGAUGGUGUAUUAUGGUCAGGGCUGUGCUGGCAACAAGAGGGGCGACCAUGUCAUGGUCAUGCCGGCCUAUAACGUUGACGCGAAAAUGAUUGAUACCAUGGUCGGCUGGCUUGGAGAUGCUGUGGACGAGGCUUUCGAGGAGAUUGCAGAGAUGGUGUGAUUUGGGGUGAGGUAAAAAGUCGGGGGCGUGUCACAUAUCCUGUUCGUGUGUUGCUGAUAUUCUUGGGAUUUAAGUGCCCACUUUCAACCGGACUAUGAUAUUUCUGGCUUGCAACUUGGCAGGGCUUUACACUACUGCUGG